AGCGUGUGUGCAGCUGCAGCCAGCGAGACAAAACGCAAUUAUUUCAUGUGAUUAGUUGCUGGAUUAUACUGAUAUUUAUUUCGCGAGGUAUUUAAUUUGCUUUUUUGAUCGCUCACGUAGAAUCAACAAAUUUUGUUUUUGCCUUGCUGCAAUAUUCUGCCUGCGCGUACUUGGAAUUUGUAGUGCUAUUUUUAAAAAAACUCUUUCUCUCCAUCGGGAUGUUGGCUAUAUUCGUUGAAACACUUUUAUUAUUAGGCAGUCGGUUCAACAAUUGUUACUAGAGUGAGCGUUCGUGAGCAGUGCUAUGCGUGCAUUUCGUACAGCAUAACAGCUGUUGGGUUCCACCAAGCUAUUAAAGCUUGAAAACAAUCUAUAUUUUUAAAGAUGAAAGUAUGUUUCAUCUUACUUUGUACCCUUGCAUACUGUGCAACAUUAUUAGAUGGUUAUAGAAUACUAGGCAUUUUUCCAUAUAAUGGAAAGAGUCACAAUGUCAUGUUCAGUGCCCUAAUGAAGGGGUUAGCAAAGCGUGGUCAUCAAGUUGACGAUAUCACGCAUUUCCCAGUGAAGGAUGCAGGCAAGACGUACAACGUUGUAGUGAAUCUUAAUGGAACUUUGAAAUCAGUAGUGAAUAGCUUUACAAUAGAUUACGUAAAAUUAUUAGAUCAUGAUGUUGCUCGUAUGAUUGCUGAUGAUUAUGGUAACGCAUUUUGCAAACUAAUGGAUCUUCCUGAAAUGCAAAAGCUCAUAAAAAAUCCUCCUAAUAACCCUCCUUACGAUGUCGUCAUCACUGAAGCAUUUGGAUCACAUUGCUUCAUGGGCUUUGGUCAUCUUUUGAACGUACCAGUAAUCGCGGUCUCGAGUUCAGUUGAAUAUCCAUGGGUUAGUCAAUUAAUUGGGAGUGACGAUAACCCAGCUUACGUAUGUAAUGCUUUAUCGUCCGAUUUUGACAAAAGUUCAUUCUUCGAUCGUUUAUGGAAUACGGUGUCUUAUCACCAAACCGUACAUACAUUUCAUAAAACGUCAGAAAAAUUUCAAACAGAUGCUAUGAGAAAAUAUUUAAAAACUGACACACCAAACAUUCGUCAGGUAGAAAGAAGCGUGGCAUUGACCUUGGUCAAUCGGCAUCCAGUAUUGUAUGGUGCCAAACCUAUAGCUCCAUCUCUCGUUGAAGUAAGUGGCUUGCAUAUCGAACAAAGUGAGCUUAGAAUACUCACUCCUAAAUGGAAAAAAUACUUAGAUGAAAGUAGCGACGGUGUUGCAUAUUUCACAUUCGGGUCUCUCGUGUUGAUUGAAUCGUUGCCUGAAAAAACAAUUCUGGAUGUCUAUAAAUCAUUUGCCAAGAUAACACCCAUUCGAGUGAUAAUGAAAAUUGCAGAUAAACGAAAGUUGCCACCUGGACUGCCGAAGAAUGUAUAUACGUCAGCGUGGAUUCCACAGCAAGCCGUACUAAGUCAUCCAAACGUGAAAGUCUUCAUAACUCACGGCGGAUUAAUGGGUAUUCAAGAAACUCUAUACUUUGCAGUACCAAUCAUUGGAAUACCACUAUUUGGCGAUCAACAUAGAAAUGUUGCAAUAUUUGUAGAGAAAAAUAUGGGAGUCAAAAUAAAUUUUGACAACAUAACGACAGAAUCUCUUGAUGAAGCUCUGAAUGAAGUUCUUAAAAACCCCAAAUACAAGAAAAAUGCCAAAAUCUACUCAAACUUAUUCAAGGACAGACCAAUGAAUGCAACGGACACCGCAAGUUUUUGGAUCGAGUAUAUUAUUCGUAAUGGACCUAAUGUAUUAAGAUCUCCAGCACUUGAAUUGGAGUGGUGGCAAUUGCACUUACUCGAUGUGUAUGGAUUUAUAUUGGCGAGUAUUGUAUUAACUACGAUAUUAUUGUAUUGUAUCCUGAAAUAUUCGCUUGAUAAGUUACUCUAUGGAACGAGUGAAAAACAUAAAAAAGAAUAAAUAGCAGCAGAUUACAGAAAAUUGAGUGAUAUCUGAUGAAGUUUAAAGAUCCAAGUAGGAGUAGGGUAUAAUAAAUUAGCAUGCGUGGUACGUACACGCAUGCACAUCCGGGAGUCUCGUCAGAGUAUGAGAGGGGGAGAGAGCAAAAAAAAAUCGGCGGGUGACUUAACGUAGAGAGGAGGAGAGUGAGUGAGAGAGAGAGAGAGAAAGGUAGAAAGGCUUACGCGCGUCGGGCGGAGCCGUCGGGCGAUUAAUUAAAUUCUCGGGUAAUCAAAGACGUCGCUCAAGCGUCCAGUUUUAAUUAAAGUUCGGACAUUAUCUAUUUGCUUUAUCAUCGCGGAAUUGACUAGCACUGAGCAGCGAAGAGUGACGCCCGAAGAGAGAAGGUACACGUCUAUCGAGAAACGAUCGGGAAUUCUCCCUCUCGUCUCUCUUUGAUAAAUUGUGAUCUCGCUCUCUCUCUCCCUCUCUCUCUCUCUCUCCCCACCCAUCUCACCACGACGACGACUCGCUUUCAUCCAUGCCAACCUCUAUACGUUUUUCACACAGACUUUUUCAUUUCAAAUCCAUCAUCGGAAUUAUAUUUUUGUCCGUUAUACAUGUCCAACUCGGCUACUGCACCACACGAGAACUUCAGUUUUUGCCGUUAAAAGUCACUUGUCGUCGCCAUACGCGACCGUCUGUUUAAUCUUUUACGUGAAACGCGAAUUCGCUUUCAAUUGAUCAUUACGGAAUUGCGUGCGCUUUCAAAGAGAAAAAGAAAAAAGAAAUAACGAAUCACUAAAUGUACUAUUUACU